AUGUUUGAUAGGAAUUCAGCUCAGUCGUCCUUGGAUAUACUGUAUGAGGAUCGUGUAACAUUAAAUGAUGGACGGUCUAAUCCAGAGACCGUAUUAUUACAAUUAACAUCCGAAACACUUGUAAUUCGUCGUGAUAAACUAAAAAAUGAUAGAAAUUCAGUUGAUUUUUCAUUAGAACAACAGUCCAAUUCAUUAGAUAAUAGAUUGCAAAAAUCAACAAAUGAUGAAGAAAUGAUUAGUGAUGAACGUUUAAUUAAAUUACAUCGUCAACCAAAUGAAACGUUGGGAUUUUCAAUCAAAGGUGGUAUCGAUACCGGUAUGUGUUUAGAAAGUAUUAAAAUAUUCUUUAUACUAGAAAAUAUUUCUUAUUCAGGUCUUCCGAUACUAAUAUCUCGUAUAACAAAACAUCAACUUGUUAAUAUGAUAAAAGUGGGUGAUGCCAUUUUGAAUAUAAAUGGUAUAGAUCUUUCAUUAAUGUCUCAUGAUGAAGCCCUUCAUUGUUUACGUACAUCCGGUAAUGAAGUUCUUCUCAAUGUGAAAUAUAUGAAAUUGAUGGCACCAUUUUUAUCUCAUCAAAUUUCAACUAAUAACGACAUGAAACAUCAUCAAUUUUCUUGUAUUAGUUCCAAACAGUACAAUCAAGGUCAACCAAACAAUGAUGAACAAGAAUUAUUACAUCAACUAUUGCAUUGUGAACAUAGUAAUGAUGUUGAUAAAACAAAAAUAGAAAAUUAUAAUCAUGAAGAUGAUAAUCCAGUUGAUUUAAUUUCAAAGUUGAAUAUAUCUGACUCGAAUACUAAUUUUAAUACAUCUUUAAUACGAAAAUCCAAGAAACAAUCACGAAGAAAGAGAAUGAAGAAUUAUUUACCUGUUCAUAUACCACCAACAAAUUCGUUAACAUCAAGUCAAACUCGUUCAACAUCUUCUUCAUGUUCUUCAACUGUUAUCUCUGAAUUUCCAUUGUUUUAUGCUUCCAUUACUCAAUACAUUUGUGGUACAGAUAAAUUACGUUCAAACUCAUUUCAAUUAUCUACACUCGAUGGUUCACAAUUGGGUAUUAUUAUUUGUGAUACAAUUUUAAAACAGCAAACAUGGAUUAAACAAAUUAAUAUUGUAAUUAAAAAUUUAAUUCGAUUAACUGUUGAUGAAUUAAAUCAAACAUUUUUACCAUCAGAUCAAAUACAUUAUGAAACAUGGCUUUAUGAACGUUUUACAAUUCGAAAUAAUUUACCAGAAUGGAAAACAAAAUUUUUUGCAUUAAAAGGAAAUGACGUUUAUUUAUUUGAUCGACCACCCUUGACAUCUUAUGAUUUUAUUUGUUGUAAUAAAAUAUAUUGUAUUUAUGAAACAUUAUUUCAAAUUGUUAAAACUGACUAUUUACUUGAUGAUCGACCCUAUUGUUUUACAUUAGAAAAUAAUGAUGAAUAUAAACAUUAUUUUUGUUUAGAAACAAAACAAGAAUUAAUAGAAUUUGAAACAAAUUGGCAACGAUCAACCUAUAUGGCAGUAUACAAUGUAAAAAUGAAAUCAUUCGGAUGUACGUAUAUGGGGAAAAUAUGUCGUCUCAUUAUCGAUAUUCAUCAAGGAUUUAGUCUAAUUAAUAAUGAAACAAAUUUAUUAUUAUGGAAUUAUAAAUUUUCACAAUUAAAAUCGAGUACGGAUAAUGCACGAACAAAACUUUAUUUUGAUUUUCAAUCAGAUAAUGAAAAAUUGAUAAAAAUUGAAAUUGAAUGUCAACAUUUAAAAACAUUAAUAUAUGUUAUCAAUUCAUUUUUAACAGCUAAAUUAAUUGCCGUAGAUAAUUGUGGCUGA